CUCUCUACUUCCUCCACCAAACUCAGAAGUGGCAGAUUUAGUUUUAUAACUGCACUAUAAACUCCGAUAUAAAUCUCAUGGGAACGCGAAAAGGUCAUGGAUCAGACACAAAAAUAUAGCAAAGAAAAACUGAGAGAGAAUUCACUGCAGUUUUUGCCACAGCUGCCUGAGGUAAGGUCUAAGCCACAAUGGAAAAAAACGGCACCACAAUUUCUUCUAAGAGAAGAGAAAGCCCUAACAGAUUUAUACUCGUUUGAUCUAAUGCCCAAACAGUGUUUAAAUCCAAAACAAUCAAGAAAGAAAAUUCUGGAUGCUGGUGUACUAUCAUCUGGAUCUAUAAAGAGGCCGGUCAGUUACUUACACCGAAAGAAAGAACAGGAAAAAUUUAGAAGUGCACUUGUUGACAUAAUUUUGCAAAAUGACACUGCUGCUGCUGAACAGCCAUUUUGCCUUGAUGAAACGCACAUUUCACCUGCACUGGAGAAGGAUAUUUUGCGGUACAAUUACUACAUCCACCAUGGAAUUGAUACAGAACAUGUUGCACCAAUGGAAGAUUCAUGGCUCGAAAAUGUUUUGAAAUUGGUUCCUGAACAUCUGAACACUUACAGAGAAAGCAUAGAAAUGUUGUCUGAUGAAAUAAGAGAAGACUAUCUUCUGAGUGUAAAGAAAGCAAUUGUUGAUUUUGUUUUAAAAGAUCCAAGGAAAAAAGAAGAAUACAAGACAAGUAACAUUCCACACCGUGCUGAAAUAGAAAUAGUACCAAAACCCUGGAAGAAGUCAUUUUUGGUAAAUUGCAAUACUAUAAAAGAGAAUUUGAAUGCAAUAAAUCCUACGAUGGCUGCUGUUUUAGACUUGUGGCAUUCAUCGUUUGGGCAAUUACGUUUAGUUGACACUGAUGAAUUUCACAGUCGCCAAGAGUCAAUGGAACUUUCCAUUUUCCAGAAUCUUGUCACAAGACAUAUUGAUUCUGCCAAAGACAAACUGCUUAAGAAAUGGUUUCCAGAAAUUCAAAAUAUAUUUUACCAAGGGAACAAACGAAAACAAAUUCCUAGUAGCAGCAAUUACAAGAAGCUGGAAUCAUUUUUUAACUGUGCUGCUACAUUAAUGAAUGGACAGUUACAAAGCCUUGCAUUGGUAUCUAUCCAGGAUUAUACAGAUUUAAUUGUUCAGCCGCCGGAUUCAGUUCUGGCUUAUGAGCAUCCAGGCUUUAUUAUCCGGCUAAUCCUUGACAAUACUUCCAUCAAGUUUAAACCUGAUUUUAAUGAAUAUGAAACUGCAUUGCUGAAUGUAUAUGACAUGAUGAUUAAAGCAGUCAAUGUUGUGCCAAGAGUGGAAACAAAGUUGUACUCUGAAUGGCAAGGUCAAAGUUCCAAAAGUACCUUAAAGCCAAUCAUUCCAGAAGAAAUCUUAGAGAAACACAAGUGGGCAGUGAAAGAAUUUGUAGCUAAGGAGAGUUUCUUACCAAUGGAGCAUUUGAAACUGUAUGAUAAAUACAACUUCCUAAUAAGCAAGCAAGCAGACCUCGAUGUUGAUCAGUUCUUGGCUGAGGAGCAUACAUUUGAAGAGAUCAUGAGAGAGGUUCUCAAAUACAAAGCGCUUACAAGUGAAAUACAGUACACUUCUAGGAAGUUUAUUAGGUUAGGAAUGUUUGAACUCCACUGCGAUGAACUCAUCAGGGCUUUGACAAAACGUUCUGAGGCUAUAUCAGGAAAACUGGUUGCUAAAAUGUUCAGUGUUCACCAGGAGGUCAAUAAAAUACUGUGUGAUGAAUUUGAAAGAAUAGCAGAAAAAGCACUAAGCACUCCCUCAAGCACACAUGAACUUAUGGAUCUAAAGGCAUACAUUGCAAAGGUUGAAGCUCAGCAUAUGGUGGAAAUGGAACAGAAGCUAGUGGACGCAAAGAAUCGCCUUGUUUUCUUAGUAGACUAUGCAAUAUUUUCACCUUCAGAUAUUCGGUUGAAUAACAGUACAUUUCAUUGGCACAGUCGCAUGGGAGAUAUUUUUGAGGAACACAAAAGGAUUGUAAAAGAGAAAACAGAACAGUUUCAAGAAGAACUCAAGCUACGCUGUGAGAAGUUUGUUGAAGAACUGGAAAACUGUGCUAAGCAGGUGGAAGAAUUUCAGUCUUAUGGAGAUAUGCAGGAAGUGACCAAAUAUUUAAAAAAGGCACAAGCACUGAAUUCCAAACUUGAUCAAGCUGUUGAUAAGAUUGAUCAACUUAAUGCAGAAGAAGAGGCCUUUGGCUGGGGAGCCUCUCAAUAUCCUCAGCGAAAGAAAAUUCAAGAUGCAUUAAAUCCAUAUUUGCGACUUUAUGAGAUUACAUCAGAAUUCAAUGCAAAGUAUAAAAGUUGGAUGGAGGGACCAUAUACUUCUGUAAAUCCAGACCUUGUAGAACAGGAUGUAGGAAACUACUGGCGAUCCCUUUAUAAACUUGAAAAAACAUUUAAUGAAUCCCCAAGUGCCCUUUCUUUGACUGCUAAGAUCAAAACCAAAGUUGAAGAAUUUAAAGAAUACCUACCUCUAAUACAGAUAGUUUGCAAUCCUGGACUGCGUGACAGGCACUGGGAUUCUAUGUCAGCAAUCGUUGGUUAUUCAAUUAAACCACAAGAGGACACUAAUAUGAUGAAAUUUAUCGAAAUUAAUCUUCAGCCGUUUUUGGAGAAAUUUGAAGGCAUCAGUGAGGCAGCUAGCAAGGAAUUCUCUCUUGAAAAAGCCAUGGAGAAAAUGAUAUUUGAGUGGGAUAAAAUUGAGUUUGGCCUCCAUCCUUAUAGAGAAACUGGAACAUAUAUUCUUUCUUCUGUGGAUGAUAUACAAAUGCUUUUAGAUGACCACCUUGUCAAAACACAAACAAUGAGAGGCUCACCAUUUAUAAAGGCUUUUGAAAAUGAAAUAAGAGAGUGGGAAAGCAAGUUGCUGCUGCUUCAAGAAAUCCUGGAUGAGUGGCUCAAGGUCCAAGCAACUUGGUUGUAUUUGGAACCAAUAUUUAGCUCUCCAGAUAUAAUGGCUCAAAUGCCAGAAGAAGGCAGGAGGUUUUCCACUGUAGAUAAAACAUGGCGAGAUCUAAUGAAGCAAGUACUGUUGGACAAACAUGUUCUGACUGUGGUUACCAUUGAAAAAAUGCUGGAAAAAUUCAAAAAGUCAAAUGAAUUUCUCGAACUGAUUCUUAAGGGACUUAAUGAAUACUUAGAGAAAAAACGAUUGUUUUUUCCACGGUUCUUUUUUUUGUCCAAUGAUGAACUUCUUGAAAUUCUUUCUGAGACAAAGGAUCCUACAAGAGUGCAACCACACUUGAAAAAAUGCUUUGAGGGAAUAGCUAAUGUGGAAUUUACAGAUGUUUUAGACAUUACACACAUAAAAAGUAGUGAAGGAGAGGUUGUACAAUUAGUAAAUACAAUUUCAACAUCCAAAGCCAGAGGUCAAGUGGAAAAGUGGUUAGUUGAAGUUGAAACAGCCAUGAUUCAGUCUGUCCACAAGGUUAUAGGAGAAGCAAUUGAAGCCUACCCUAAAACACCUCGCAUAGAUUGGGUAAAAGAAUGGCCUGGGCAGACAGUCCUGUGUGUCUCUCAGUGCUUUUGGACACAAGAAGUACAAACAUCUAUCCAAAAAGGUCAACAGGCACUUGAGGAAUACCUGGAAAAAAAUAAUAAACAGAUUGAUGAUAUUGUUGCUCUGGUGCGUGGCACAUUAUCUAAACAGAAUCGGGUGACACUUGGAGCACUUGUAGUCCUUGAUGUUCAUGCAAGGGAUGUCCUUGCAUCUCUGGUUAAAAAACAAGUUAAUGAUGAAAAUGAUUUUGAAUGGCUGAGUCAGCUUAGAUAUUACUGGGAGGAAGGUCAUCUUCAAACGAAGAUGAUUAAUGCAGGCUUGCAAUAUGGUUAUGAAUACCUUGGCAACACACCCAGACUGGUUAUUACUCCUUUAACAGAUAGAUGCUACAGGACAUUAUUUGGUGCACUUAAUCUUCAUCUUGGUGGAGCUCCAGAAGGUCCUGCUGGUACUGGAAAGACGGAAACUACCAAGGACCUUGCAAAAGCAGUGGCUAAGCAGUGUGUUGUUUUCAACUGUUCUGAUGGUUUGGAUUAUAUUGCCUUAGGGAAAUUCUUUAAGGGAUUACUUUCUUGUGGAGCCUGGGCUUGCUUUGAUGAGUUUAACAGAAUUGAUUUAGAAGUACUCUCUGUAGUUGCUCAACAGAUUCUUACCAUACAGCGAGGUAUCAACACAGGAUCUAAUCUGUUAGUAUUUGAGGGCACAGAAUUGAAAUUAAAUCCUACAUGUGCUGUCUUUAUAACAAUGAAUCCUGGCUAUGCAGGACGUUCUGAGCUACCCGACAAUCUCAAGGCUCUCUUCAGAACAGUUGCUAUGAUGGUUCCUGACUACGCAAUGAUAGCAGAAAUAGUGCUGUAUUCCUGCGGCUUUGUUAGAGCUCGGCCCUUGUCAGUAAAAAUUGUAGCAACUUAUCGUCUUUGCUCAGAACAGUUGUCUUCCCAGCAUCAUUAUGACUAUGGAAUGAGAGCAGUAAAAUCUGUCUUGACAGCUGCAGGAAAUCUUAAGCUGAAAUACCCAAAUGAAGAUGAAGAAAUAUUACUGCUCAGGUCUAUUAUUGAUGUUAACUUACCCAAAUUUCUGUCUCAAGAUCUGCCACUCUUUGAGGGUAUUACUUCUGAUCUUUUUCCUGGAGUAAAACUGCCCAAAGCAGAUUACCAAGUAUUCAUGGAUGCAAUAAAGGAAAACUGUCAAAAUAUGAAUCUGCAGAUGACCAGCUUUUUUUCAGAGAAGAUUUUGCAGAUUUAUGAAAUGAUGAUCGUGCGCCAUGGCUUUAUGAUUGUUGGAGAACCAUUUGGUGGAAAGACAUCUGCUUAUAGAGUUCUGGCAGCUGCUCUAAAUGACAUAUGUGAAAAGGGACUUGCUGAUGAAAACAAGGUUCAAAUUACAGUGCUCAAUCCUAAAUCAAUAACAAUGGGCCAGCUGUAUGGGCAGUUUGACCCUGUGUCACAUGAAUGGUCUGAUGGAAUCCUGGCUGUUAGUUAUAGAGCAUUUGCUUCUUCUACAAGUCCAGACAGGAAAUGGCUUAUUUUUGAUGGACCAGUAGAUGCUGUUUGGAUAGAAAAUAUGAACACAGUAUUGGAUGAUAACAAAAAACUCUGCCUGAUGAGCGGUGAAAUUAUCCAGAUGUCACCUCAAAUGAGUCUUAUCUUUGAACCUAUGGAUUUAGAAGUGGCUUCUCCUGCAACUGUAUCUAGAUGUGGCAUGAUUUACAUGGAACCUCAUAUGUUAGGCUGGAGACCAAUUAUGUUAUCAUGGCUCAAUGUUCUUCCUGCUGGUCUAAGCCAAAUGCACAAGAAAUUCAUUGAAGGACUGUUUGACAGAAUGGUUCCCCCCUGCCUUCAAAUGAUUAGAAAAUGUGCAAAGGAACUGUCACCGACUUCUGAUACAAAUUUAGUCAGAUCACUUAUGAACCUCAUGGACUGUAUGAUGGAUGAAUUUUCAGAUGAAUCGUUAGUCCAGAAUAUGAGUGAGCGUGAGAUCUGCUCAUGGUUGGAGGGCAUUUUUCUGUUCUCACUGAUAUGGUCAGUUGGUGGAAGCUGCAAAGAAGAUGAUCGUGUAAAGUUUGACAGACUUCUGAGAGAAAUUAUAGAAGGUCCCCUCAGUGAAGAAUCAAGAACACGGUUUAAAAUUUUGCAUCCUGUGGAUCCACCUGAAAAACCAUUCACUGUUCCAAUUCCCAAAGAAAAUACUGUUUAUGAUUAUAAGUUUGUUAAACAGGAUGUUGGAAGAUGGGAAUUAUGGACUGAAGCACUAAGUUCAGCUCCAUCCAUUCCACGAGAGAUGAUGUUCAAUGAAAUCAUUGUUCCCACUUUGGACACAGUUAGGUACACUGAGUUGAUGAACUUGCUGACAACGCAUCAAAAAUCAGCGGUAUUUGUUGGACCAACUGGCACUGGAAAAAGUACUUAUAUAAUUGAUUUUUUGUUAAAUCGUUUGGACAAGGAAACAUACAAACCUUUGCUGAUUAACUUUUCAGCACAGACUACAGCAGCCCAAACUCAAAAUAUCAUUAUGUCCAAACUGGACAAGAGGAGAAAGGGAGUUUUUGGUCCUCCACUUGGGAAAAAAACAGUUGUAUUUGUAGAUGACGUGAACAUGCCUGCUCGAGAGGUUUAUGGUGCUCAGCCUCCAGUAGAGUUGCUUCGGCAAUGGUUAGAUCACUGGAACUGGUAUGACCUGAAAGACUGUUCCAUGAUAAAGCUUGUAGAUAUACAGAUUAUGUGCGCUAUGGGGCCUGCAGGAGGUGGAAGGAACCCGAUCACUCCAAGGUUUCUUCGGCAUUUCAACACUGUAACUAUUAAUGAGUUUGAUGACAAUUCUAUGUAUACAAUAUUCUCAAGGAUUUUAGACUGGCAUCUAACAAUAAGGUAUAACUUUCCCAAUGAAUAUAAAGCCUUAACACCACAGAUAAUACACAGUACCAUGGCUGUUUAUAAAGAAGCACUGAAGCACUUGCUACCUACUCCAGCUAAAUCUCACUAUUUAUUUAACCUCCGUGACUUCUCUCGUGUAAUACAAGGGAUCUGUCUUUCCCGUCCUGAAACAUCAGAUUCUCCAUUGCUGAUAAAACGGUUGUGGGUUCAUGAGGUCCUCAGAGUUUACUUUGAUCGCCUUGUGGACAAUGGAGACAGGUCUUGGCUUGUUGGAUAUAUUGAAGAGGUGGUGAAAAGUCACAUGCGUGAAGAUUUCAAUAAACUAUUUCAACACCUAGAUUUUGAUGGGGAUGGCAAAGUCCAAGAAGAUGAUUUGCGUAGCUUAAUGUUUUGUGAUUUUCAUGAUCUCAAAAGGGAAGACACAAAUUACAAAGAAAUCAAUGAUGUUGAAAAAUUACGCUUAGUUGUGGAAAGCCACCUUGAAGAAUUCAAUAACAUUAGCAAAAAAACAAUGAACCUUGUUCUGUUCCGAUUUGCAAUUGAGCACAUAUGUAGGAUUUCACGUAUACUGAAACAGCCACGCAGUCAUGCACUUCUUGUUGGUGUAGGGGGCAGUGGGCGCCAGUCUCUCACUCGGCUAGCAGUACACAUGGCUGACUAUAGACUUUUCCAAGUUGAAAUUUCUAAAAGCUAUGGUAAUAAUGAGUGGCGUGAGGACUUGAAACUAAUUUUAAGAAAGUCUACUGAGGGCGAGAUGCAGGGUGUCUUUUUGUUUACUGAUUCACAGAUUAAAAAAGAAUCUUUCCUAGAAGAUAUUAACAACUUGCUAAAUGCAGGUGAGGUACCAAAUCUUUUUGCUGUUGAUGAAAAACAAGAAAUUUGUGAACGAAUGCGACAAAUUGACCGGCAGAGGGAUAAAACAAAACAAACAGAUGGAAGCCCUUUAGCUUUGUUUAACUUAUUUAUUGAUCGCUGCCGUGAUCAGUUGCAUGUGGUACUGGCAAUGAGUCCCAUUGGAGAUGCUUUCCGUGACCGUUUGAGGAAAUUUCCAGCACUUGUGAACUGCUGUACAAUUGAUUGGUUUCAGCCUUGGCCUGAAGAUGCACUGCAAGCGGUUGCAACACGUUUCUUAGAGGAUGUUGAAAUAUCAGAGGAAGUGCGAAAUGGAUGCAUUGAUAUGUGCAAAAGCUUUCACACAUCUACAAUUAACCUGUCUGAUAGGUUCCGCAGUGAGCUUCAAAGAUACAAUUAUGUGACACCCACUUCUUAUUUGGAGCUAAUAUCCACAUUUAAAACAUUACUUCAAAAGAAACAGACAGAAGUGAUGAAAAUGAAAAGAAGAUAUGAGGUUGGCUUAGAGAAGCUGGAAUCUGCAUCAUCACAAGUUGCUACAAUGCAGAGUGAAUUAGAAGCUCUGCAGCCUCAGCUAAAGGUUGCCAGCAAGGAAGUUGAUGAGAUGAUGGUAGUCAUUGAGCGAGAAUCAAUAGAGGUAGCAAAAACAGAAAAGGUUGUAAAAGCUGAUGAAGCUGUAGCUAAUGAACAAGCUAUGGCAGCCAAGGCAAUCAAGGAUGAAUGUGAUAGUGAUCUCGCACAAGCACUACCAAUUUUGGAAUCUGCUUUGGCAGCACUGGAUACUCUUACAGCCCAGGAUAUCACAGUGGUGAAGUCUAUGAAGAGCCCUCCUUCUGGAGUUAAGCUUGUUAUGGAGGCAAUCUGCAUUUUAAAAGGAGUCAAACCUGACAAAAUUCCUGAUCCGUCUGGUUCAGGAAAAAAGAUUGAAGAUUUCUGGGGCCCAGCAAAAAGGGUUCUGGGUGAAAUGAAAUUCCUCCAAUCACUUCAUGAAUAUGACAAGGAUAAUAUUCCACCAGCUUAUAUGAACAUCAUAAGAAAACAAUAUAUUACAAAUGCUGAAUUUGUGCCAGAAAAGGUCCGCAAUGCAUCCACAGCAGCUGAGGGUCUCUGCAAAUGGGUCAUUGCUAUGGAUUCCUAUGAUAAAGUGGCUAAAGUAGUAGCUCCUAAAAAAAUAAAGUUAAAUCAAGCUGAAAGUGAACUGAAGGUUGCAAUGGAGGGAUUAAAGAAAAAGCAAGCGGCUUUAAAGGAGGUCCAGGAUAAACUAGCCAAACUUGAACAAAAGCUGGAGGAGAACAAACAAAAAAAAGCUGACCUUGAAAAUCAGGUUGACUUGUGCAGCAAAAAACUGGAUCGUGCAGAGCAGUUGAUUGGAGGACUAGGUGGUGAGAAAACACGAUGGAGUCUGACUGCAAUAGAGUUAGGGAAACUUUACAUAAAUCUCAUUGGGGAUAUUUUAGUUUCUUCAGGAAUUGUGGCUUACCAAGGUGCAUUCACUUCAAGUUAUAGACAGAUGCAAACAAAUGAAUGGACUAUGCUCUGCAAAAGUAAAAACAUACCAUGCUCUGAAGAUUUUUCCCUUGCAAACAGUCUAGGAGAGCCUGUUAAAAUUCGAGCAUGGAAUAUUGCUGGUUUACCAUCAGAUAGUUUUUCAAUUGAUAACGGAAUUAUCAUAUCGAAUGCACGACGUUGGCCUUUAAUGAUUGAUCCACAGGGUCAGGCAAACAAAUGGGUGAAGAAUAUGGAAAAGACUAAUAGCCUUCAUGUUAUUAAACUAAGCGACCCUGACUUUGUGAGAACCCUGGAAAACUGUAUUCAAUUUGGAACACCAGUGUUGCUGGAAAAUGUUGGAGAAGAGCUGGACCCAAUUUUGGAGCCACUCCUUUUAAAGCAGACAUUCAAACAAGGAGGAAGUGUGUGCAUUCGUCUUGGGGACUCCACAAUAGAGUAUGCCCCUGAUUUCAGAUUUUAUAUUACUACUAAGCUGCGAAAUCCUCAUUAUUUACCUGAAACUUCUGUUAAGGUGACUUUGCUCAACUUUAUGAUCACACCUGAAGGGAUGCAGGAUCAGCUGCUGGGAAUUGUUGUGGCUCGAGAGAGACCAGAUCUUGAGGAGGAGAAACAGGCACUCAUUCUUCAAGGUGCAGAAAACAAAAGGCAACUAAAAGAAAUUGAAGACAAAAUAUUAGAAGUACUUUCUUCCUCAGAAGGAAACAUAUUAGAGGAUGAAACUGCCAUUAAAAUAUUGUCUUCCUCUAAGGCUCUGGCGAGUGAAAUAUCUGUGAAACAAGCUGUGGCUGAGGAAACAGAGAAGAAGAUUGAUGCAACACGAAUGGGCUACAGGCCAAUUGCAAUCCAUUCCUCAAUUUUGUUUUUUUCCAUAGCCGACCUAGCUAACAUUGAACCCAUGUACCAGUAUUCCCUCACCUGGUUCAUUAACCUCUUUGUCAUGUCAAUAGAUAAUUCAGAAAAAUCUGAAGAUUUACAGAAAAGGCUACAAAUUUUGAAAGAUCAUUUUACAUAUUCUCUGUACGAGAAUGUAUGCCGUUCCCUGUUUGAAAAGGACAAGCUUUUGUUUUCCUUUUGUUUAACAGCAAAUCUUAUGAAACAUGAACAACUGAUUGAUGAAGAGGAAUGGAAGUUUUUGCUAACUGGCGGCAUAGGACUGGACAAUCCACACUCUAAUCCUUGCACAUGGCUCCCUCAGAAAUCAUGGGAUGAAGUGUGCCGUCUAGAUAAUAUCUUGCUUUUCAAAGGCAUUCGCAAGGAUUUUAUGCGCCUCAGAGAUGGCUGGAAGGCAGUGUAUGAUAGCCUGGAACCGCACCAUAGUACUUUUCCUCCAGACUGGCAAGAAAAAUUAGGCCAGUUUCAAAGGAUGCUGAUGAUCAGAUGCCUAAGGCCAGAUAAAAUAAUCCCAAUGGUGCAGGAAUUUGUAUCUUCGUACUUGGGAAAGCCAUUUAUUGAACCACCGCCUUUUGAUCUUUCUAAGGCUUUUGGUGAUAGCCACUGCUGUGCACCAUUAAUUUUUGUGCUGUCUCCUGGUGCUGAUCCGAUGGCAGCUCUGCUAAAGUUUGCCGAUGAUCAGGGCUUUGGGGGUGGAAAGCUGAGCUCUCUAUCUCUUGGGCAAGGGCAAGGACCAAUAGCCCUGCGCAUGACAGAAAAGGCAAUAAAAGAAGGCAGCUGGGUAGUUCUUCAGAACUGUCACUUAGCCACAUCAUGGAUGCCAAUGCUGGAGAAAGUUUGUGAGGAACUUAACCCAGACACUACACAUCCAGAUUUUCGUCUGUGGCUUACAAGCUAUCCAUCACCAAAUUUCCCUGUAUCUGUACUGCAGAAUGGCGUAAAAAUGACUAAUGAGGCACCCAAAGGCUUACGCUCUAAUAUCAUCCGUUCAUACCUGAUGGAUCCCAUUUCUGAUCCAGAAUUUUUCACCAGUUGCAAAAAACUACCGGAGUUCAAAAAGCUGCUGUACGGCCUAUGCUUCUUUCAUGCUUUAGUUCAAGAGAGACGGAAGUUUGGCCCAUUGGGAUGGAAUAUACCUUAUGAAUUCAACGAAACAGAUAUGAGAAUCAGUGUUCAACAGCUCCACAUGUUUUUAAAUCAAUAUGAGGAAGUACCCUAUGAUGCUCUACAGUACAUGACAGGAGAGUGCAACUACGGAGGAAGAGUAACAGAUGACUGGGACAGACGUGCAUUGCGCAGCAUUCUGAAUAAAUUUUACAACAUUGAAAUGAAUAAAAACCCAAAUUACAUCUUUGACUCAAGUGGCAUUUACUAUGCGCCACCCGAUGGAGAUUACGACAGUUAUAUAGAGUAUACCAAAACCCUUCCUUUAAAUUCAUCACCUGAGAUUUUUGGCAUGAAUGCCAAUGCUGAUAUUACCAAGGACCAGUCUGAAACUCAACAACUGUUUGAUAAUAUUCUUCUCACUCAGUCACGGUCUUCGGGUGGUGGAGCAAAAUCUUCAGAUGAAGUUGUUUUUGAAGUAUCUGCUGAUAUACUAAGUAAGCUUCCCAGUAAUUUUGACACUGAAUCGGCCAUGAGAAGGUAUCCGACCACUUACACUCAAAGCAUGAACACUGUGCUUGUUCAGGAAAUGGGACGAUUUAAUAAGCUUUUGUCCACCAUUAGAGAUUCUUGCAUCAACAUACAGAAAGCAAUAAAGGGAUUAGUGGUGAUGUCUGCAGAUCUUGAAGAGGUAGUGAGCAGCAUUCUAAAAGGCAAGAUUCCAGGAAUGUGGAUGAAGAAAUCAUACCCAAGCCUAAAACCCCUUGGCAGCUACGUCAGUGACUUUCUGGCAAGACUCAAAUUUUUGCAGGAUUGGUAUGAAAAUGGAACACCCCCUGUUUUUUGGCUUUCUGGCUUUUUCUUUACACAAGCGUUUCUAACUGGAGCCCAACAGAAUUAUGCCCGCAAAUACACUAUUCCAAUAGAUCUACUGGGCUUUGAUUUUGAGGUUUUGGAGGACAAGGAGUACAAGCAUGCACCAGAGGAUGGUGUUUAUAUACAUGGACUCUUUCUAGAUGGAGCACGCUGGGACAGAAAAACAAAGAAAUUAGGAGAAUCAUUCCCCAAGAUUCUUUAUGACACAGUGCCAGUGAUGUGGCUGAAGCCUUGCAAGAGGACGGAUAUUCCAAACAGACCCUGUUACAUUGCUCCCGUGUACAAAACAAGUGAGAGAAGAGGAACUUUAUCCACCACUGGCCACUCCACCAACUUUGUCAUUGCAAUGACACUACCAUCAGAUAAGCCACAGGAGCACUGGAUUGGGCGAGGAGUUGCACUCUUAUGCCAACUGAACUCAUAAUGAAAAUGCACUCUGGGAAAGUAUCUGAUUUUUAUUUUCUCCAGUUUAUAAUUAACAGUGUACAACAGAUGAGAAAAAGCAAUGGUAACAUUAAAACAGAGUACCUGCAUAACAUUUUAACGUUGUGACAAAUGAUUUGUUUUGCACAGUUUAGAAUCUGAAUGGGCGCUCCUUCAAUAAGCAGAUCAUGGUCACAUGUAGAGACACACUUGUAAUGGAGACUGUAAUUCACAAUACAUCUAGAUACAGUUUUCCAGGCACAGGAACAAUGGAUUUGCAAAGCAAACGGCAGUGAAUUUCUGAUGUCACACAUUUGAUAAAGCGUGAAUGGCCUUCAUAUUAAUGUUCUCCUUAUUUCAUGGAAUGUCAGAGCAGUACAUUUACAUACACACAAUAAAGGUAAAGCUAGGUUGCCCCCUGAAUGUCCAUAAACAAGGAUGUGAAUACUGAUGAAUGUCUUUUAGCAGCAAAUUUUUACUUGAAUUGGUAGGUUAUCAAGCAUACAGUUGUAAACAGUAGUUCACCAGCAAUCUACAAUGGAGCCAAACUUCUAACAACCAAAUGUGUUAACACUUUAGUGACCACAGUGUGAAAUGGGAAGCAUUGCCAGAGUACAAAUCUUUCUUUAGGAACCUUCCCCAGCAAUAUUGCAGGGAAGAGAAGCAAAUUGUACUAGUGCAAGUGGAGCUUCAGGCAAACACUGUAUAGAGGGCAAAGAAUCAGUACCUAUCUUUUUAUUGUUUCUCUGAAUAUAAGAAGAAAAAUAUAUAAAUGAUAUCCUUCACUGUACCACCAUAUAUUGUAUAUGAAGUGUUGCUCCUAUGCAGUGUCAUAAAUUCAGAGGGAAAUGUGUGUUGGACUGGUGUUUGAUAACAAAAAAAGAAAUUAGGAAUAAGCAAUCAUAAUGGAUUCUCUAUGCCUAUAAAGUAAAUUUUUCUGUAUAUAAGCCUUUUAAUGAUGUCCUUUAUCUCAUACAAUGGUUAAUACGAAAUUACCAUGACCAUGGACAAAAUUGAAAUCAACAGAUCUUAAGAGGACUGUGUUUGUGAGUUACUAAAUCACAGUGCUUAAGGUGCUCCAAGUAGCGGUGUGUGCCGCAGGUUGUCUCAAAAGGAGUUACUGAUUCUAAUACAAGAUGGGCAUGAAAUAAUUUAGCAACACAUUUUGCAUCAGAAAUCCUGGGAAAUGCAAAGUUCCGACUUCAACUAUCACCUGCUGUAAGGAAAAUUGUAUUUAUAAAGGCAUUUAAACUACAAAAUAUUGCCACUUUAAAAGAGGGCCUCUCUGAGCACUUUUGCAAUUUAUUUUUUUUGCAUUUUUGGCUCGGCAUUUCUCAUUGUUGUUUCACCCCUACUGAGCAUUACUGUUAAAACCGAUACAUUCAUUGUUGCCAUUCCUCAGAUUUUGUGGAGAAACUGGUCACCUAAUGUAGCAAAUUGUAACUGUGUAGCAAAUGGGAAACCUGGCUGACUGACCAGCUACUGGGAAACACCAGGGGGUGUUUUCUAUGACAAAGAAAAAAGUACUAUUUUUUGAGUAGUAAUUGAAAACAACUAAACUAAAUAUGUAUUGUAGGUGACCAUGGAAGCAAACACCCAGCCAAUAGGGACACUUUGUAGGUAGUAAACAGCUGGUCAGUAUGAAUGCACCUGCUUACUAAAAGCUGCUUUUGCCCCUUGUUCUUUUGCUUACAGACUUUACAGAAGGAAAAAAA